AUGCCUCCAGUUUUGGGCCGUGACGCUUUCUUCUUCCACGGCGACGCGGAGCUCCUGAAGUUGGAGUUCGUGGCCACCAAGGAUGCGCGCAGCGCGGCCCAGCUGCAGAUCUGGCUGUGCCAGCUGCAGCUGCGCAUGGCGGUGCCCGAGGCCGCGCCUGCCCCGGGCCGCCCCGGCGCCGCGGCGGGUGGCCUCGAGGACGCGGCGCUGCUCCGGGGCCUCACCGCCGCGGGGCCCGCCGAGGACGGCGCCUGCGCGCAGGUCGCCGCCGCCCUGGAGCGGGUGCUGAAGGAGCUGGAGAGCGGCGAGCCCGACGAGCAGGCGCUCCGACGAGAAGCAGAUGUGCUUCUGGGCCGCGUGCUUCUGCGAAGGGGGCUGACCCGAUUGGCCCGCUCGAAAACGCUGCGCGCGGUGUGCCACAUCUACCAGGAGGAAGCUGCAGUGGCCAGCGCCUUGGAGCUGCUGGGCGCAGAGGAGCCUGCGGACACCGCGGCCGAGCGGGAAGCCGUUGAAUUCUUGAUGCAGGCCGCCGCCUGCUUCCGAGGGGCGCGCGACGAGCGCCUCGGCGGCGUGGCGCACGCGUGCCUGGCGGCCGUCUACUGCUGCCACCGCGGCGCGCGGGCCCAGCGCCUGGCCUUGGCGCACUGCGAGCGGGCGCUGCGGCAGCGGGCGGCCCCGGUUUGCAACUACCCACGUCCUUCUUUCUGGCACCUGUGGCAGGACUGCCCCGAGUUCGACCACGCCCGGCACAACGUUGAGUGGCGGCGCCAGAAGGAAGAGUUCGCCGCGGCGUCCAGGAGCGCGGCGGCGGCCGCCUGCUGCGGCCCUUCAGUGGCAGGGGUGCACCGCAGGGCGCCAGGUGCCGCCAGCGCCGAGCGGCCACCCAGGCACGCGGCCGGCGAGGGCGGCGAGGCCGCGACGGGGCCGCAGCAGGGCUUGACCAAGUUCCGGGAGCAGCACUUCCAGCUGAUGAUCGCCUACAACCAGGCGGCCGCCCCCGAGUUCGAGAACGCGUCGCUCACCGUCCUGCUCGACUACCACCAGUGUCUCAUGGAGAAAAUCAUGGACGUCAAGUGGUCGCCGGAGAUCUUGCACGAUUUUCUCAAGGCCGACUUCCGCAUGCGCACCAAGUGGAUAUUGAGCUGGCAGCGGAGGGAGUUCACGACUUUUAAGGACGUGAUUACCCACCACCGCGGCCAGAGCGCCUACCUGUUCUCAGGCGCCGGGGACAGGAAGCGGCCCAGGAGCGAAUCGCAACCGCGAGGGCACGUCCGCAGCCGCGGCCAGGGCGCCCAGACCCCCCGAGACGAGCAGCCGCGCAAGGCUUCAAAGCCAGGCGGCGCCGCCGGCGCGAGCCAGCCCCCUGCCUUCACCAAGGGGAACUGGCCGGGACUGGAGCGCACGAACAAGAAGACUGGGCAGCCCCGGCGCCCGUUCUAA